AUGGAGGCGCAGUGUCUGCGCGACACUCCAAUAGAACAACAGGCUGAGCAUCGCCACCAAUUCCCUGCUCCAUCCUGUUCGCGAGGGCUUUCCCCCUCAUUCACUUCUGCGCGUGAUGUCGGGCAACACCAUGAGCAACAUGCCACAAAGGCCUUCUCGUUCUUCUACACCGUCUUCCCUAUCUUCGAGCGUAUCCGCACAGCCACUAGCUCUUGCGACACUAUUGACGACGCUUGCGCCUUCCUCUUCAUCUUGCUCACAUACUCCCAUCACAAGCGCGCCGUCUUCGCCCUUCACGACUGCAACCUCCUCACCCAUACUAUCUGCGACGCGUUCCUCAACACCCAUCGCACCCGCAAGCACUUCAUCUACCAACGCAAAUAUCCCACCUACCACCACGGCCCCAACGAGUAG